AUGAAACUAUACAUCAAAGAACAAUUGCGGAAGAUUGGAUUUCCAAAAACAACCGACAUGAAACCGCCGUCUCAACCGGUUAAGACAAAGGGUGCUCAGAAGAAAGUGAAGCCUACACCGAAUGACAACUCGACUACACGGUCUCCUUCAUAUUGUGAGCACGUCGACAAACUCUUUCCCAACUCACCUACUCCUAAAUCUCAAAAAAGUUCAAACAAAAGAGCUCGCAUUAGCAAACUGCCUCCUACACCUAUUGCUCCGAAAGUUUCGACUCCGACACCUAUUGCCACAAAAAUUCCAUCAAUCGAAGAGGUGCAUAUUGCUCCAAUAAUUCUAUUCAUCGAAGAGAUGCUGGUUUUUAUGCACAAAUACAUCGACCGAAUCUUCAAUGUGCUGGGGGACGGUAAUUGCGGAUUUUGGGCCGUAUUGGCUUUGCUUGGUAAGGGAGAGGAAGACGAUAAGCUUGUCCGUCAUGAACUUAUCGAAGAGUUGAUGAACCAUAAAGACUCGUACACGCAGAUAUUUGGAGACGAAGCUAUACUUGAAUCGGUUCACGAAGCUCUUAUUCAUUGGUUGGGCGUUUACGCACCGACUUCAAAAUGA